GGCGCUCGAACAUGGCAGACAUCAACAAAGAAAUCGAUAGUAAAUUUUACAUCUUUCUUCCUCAAGUUUUAUCAUCCAACCCAGUAUUGGACAUUGACAAAGGACCACGUUUUUCUUGCUUCGUUGGUGAACUACUUAAUUUCUUUUUGAUCGCCCAGUUUCGUGAUAAGAAGCAGCCGAAAACUAAUAUAAAGAAGCUCCAUGCAGAAUGGAAAGAGCGGCUUCUAAAGCUAAGCACCUCUGUUAGUGUUAGCUGUAUUGAUGUUGGGAGUCACAAGGAACACGAUUCCCAGUCAAGAGAAGUAUUUAAUACUUGUUCUCCAAUCAGUUCAUCAAGAAAACGAAACAAUUCAGUGAGCGAGUCAAAACAGUGUACAAAGCCACUGGUGACAAAUCAUGGUGAUAUUAUUUAUCCUUUAACCGUGUCCCUGGAUGUCUUYCCAGCUCUAAGUAGACGAAUAAGACUAUCAGUCAAUGUAUGGACACCUGAACUUAAUGCCAAAGCACAGAUUAACACACAAUUACCAUGGAAUAGCUACUUUGAUCUUUUUGUGCAACAUGACCCUGAUGAACUUUUUUCUGGAGUUCAAAACACCUUCCGCUGCCAUGUGAAUGCUACUUUACCAGUAGUGUCACCUCCAACAGUACGAUGUAAAUACAAUGAGUUCAAUGGAAAACACUACAUAUCUCUUGAAGUAAUAAACAGUCUAGGUGAACCAAUCACCCUUGAGAUGGUCAGUGUCCAUCCAAGCUGUAAAUCAGACAAAACGUCUAAUACCUACUCACACAUUUCAACAAGCCAAAGGAACUGUAGCAAGUUUGUGAUGCCAAUCAACACUAAUAAGCACUGCACAUGUCCUAUUAUACUGCUGCCAUGGGAACAUAUAUCAUUUUUAUACAGAGUUAUACACCAAGACAAUCACUGUUCAAAAGACAAAUAUUUUGAAAUCCCUCUCAUAUCAUCUAUAACAUGGAGUGUCGAAACUUUAAAAUCACGAGAACAACAGGUUAAAACCAUUUACAGUUUACCAUUGUUCAAUAUCAGGCGGUCAUCUGUCAGUGUUACAGCCUCAUGUAAAUCAAUUAUAAACAAAGGAAAAAGGUUUCAAGUAAGAUACACUGUCACUAACACCGAAGAAGAAGAUGAAUGUAAUGUUUGUUUAAAGUGGCAACCAGAUAGCACUGAAAGAAUGAUGGCUGGGAUGCACAAUAUUGAUGCUGACUCACUUGUUUGUCUGCAACCAAGUGUUAGAAUAGGAUGCUGUCCACCUGGAUCAUCACUAUCYGUUAAUGUGGAAUUCUUAGCUGUGCAGGAGGGACUGCAUGAGGUUGGGCAAUUUAUGGUGUGUCAUUGGCAUACUGGAUCACAAGAUAAUAGCCCUAUAAAAACUCCCUUCAGCACCKAGAAGGGACAGGAUGGUUUUAGCACAGUAUCUCAUUCCUGUCAAGUGUUUGUUGUUCUUGAUAGUUAGAGACCAUAUAAUAUUUAUAUAUUUGUUUCAAUGUAUAUUUAUAUCAAAAGCCCUUAUACUAUGGCUAUCAAGUUAGUCAAAACAUUUGGGAGGAUCGUGGUUUGUCACUCAUGACAGAAGCCAAAUACACAUCGCCUUAAACAUUAGGAUAAUACGUGGCUGGCCACAUAAUUAUUGUUACAUUAUUAAAUCUUCAAUGUUUAAUACUAUGACUUUCUUAAAUAAGUCAACUAGCUUUAAUAUGGAUCAAGUCUAGUGAAUUUUUGUACUCAAGUUACAAAAUGUCAUAAUAUAUUCUACAGUUUACAAAUUGGACCAUCCUUUAUCAUUCUCAACUAAGGUAAUUUUCAUAACUAUUGGUCUUACAAUUUUCAUGGAUUCCUUUAUUUUUUCAACUUUGAAAACUCAGAUUUAUCAUAAAGGGUAUUUAGUGAAAGUAUAUUCUUGAUUUUUAAUAUUAUUUAUGAGCAGAACAAAUGUCUAUUAUAGAGGUUAAUGUAUAGUUCAGGUUCUCGUUGUACAAGGUGUUGCUUUGCAAAGUCAAUAGGGAGCUUUAGAUUUGAGAACYAAGACGAGGACGAGGACGAAGUUGGUGAGCGCGCACAACUUUGAUGUGGUCAGCUUGCUCGCGCAUAUUCAAAAGAAAUUCCUAAUUCGCUCUGAAAAACUAAUUUGACAUGGUUUAGUUUAUGCCAAUCUUAGCACAAAUUAAGGAUAUUUCCGCACAUUUAUUGCUCAAAGUAAAACAAGGGAUGACCAAAGUCGAUGUUCGUGCAUUUUCUUCAGAU